AAAGAGUGUGGACAGUAACAAGAACCAGACUAAGAAGCUAUCCCAGUACCAUCCACGCUACCUCUGGAUCAGACUCGCCAUCUUUGAGAAACAGCUGGCAAAGAUCCUUGACUAUCUCGUACAGCAUUACAGUAAAUACUAUGAAGAGGACGCCCUUAUUUCAGACCCGGUAGAUGGACCAAUAUUUGCAUCAUUACUAGUUGGGCCUUGUGCACUGGACUACACAAAAAUGAAGACUCUUGACCACUACUGGACUGACCCUCCGGCCGAUGAGCUUGUCCAGCGACACAGAAUCCACUCCAGUACAAACCACCUGACAGGGCCUGGCUCACCCAAACGCCCUGGACUACAGACGCCUAACCUGGAUGUGUUGCAGGUGAGACGUAAUACCAGCUCCAGCAGUGAGGAAAGUUCAAAGAGCUUCCAUCUGUCUGCAAAGGACUACGUUGAGAGCCUCCAUCAGAACUCUAAAACCACGCUCCUGUAUGGCAAAAACAAUGUCCUGGUACAGCCCAAAGAAGAUAUGGAGGCAUUAGCGGGGUACCUGUCUCUACACCAGUCUGCCAUGGGACUGACCAUUAUGUGGACUCCCAACCAGCUUAUGAACGGCUGUUGUGAGGAGGAAAGUGAUGAGAAGGACAGGAGCCCUGAUGAAGUAACACAACAAAGCUUCCCUGAUCAGACUAGCAGGAUGCGUACAAAGGGGAAUUUGUACUGGGACUAUGCACUGACUGUUUACUUGGACGAGAUUGUCUACAUCCAUUGCCACCAACAACCUGACUGUGGUGGUACGAUUGUGUUGGUGGGACAGGACGGAGUACAGCGCCCUCCUAUCCACUUCCCUAAGGGAGGUCACCUGCUCGCCUUCCUGUCGUGUCUCGAGAACGGACUGCUUCCUCAUGGCCAACUGGACCCGCCUCUCUGGUCACAACGCGGUAAAGGUGUACACAAUAGACAGGCCAGUAUGAACCAAACCUACGCUAUCCUCAUCACGCGUAACAGAAAAGUAUUCCCAAAAUUGAAACGGAAAGGUAGUCGUCUCUCUAACAUUCCACAGGAGGGCAGCACAAGCAGCUCCAGUACAGAGGAAGACGAAGCCACUGAUUACGUCUUCCGCAUCAUCACCACAUUCAGACCUUCCAGUAUUCCUCCAGAAAUGAUGGAUCCUAAAGCAAAGAUAAAGGGAGAGAACUUUUCCUGGGCCAACCGUAUUCCGCGCCUACCAAGCCCUCUGGCUCAGUCGUCAGUACAAGAUUACGCCAAAGAUCAGGAGGAGCAGAACAACUCCUGUCUCUCCAAACAGGGUUCCAACCACAGGUCUGGAACUACAUUAAAACAACUUUGUGAUACUAUGAAGAAACAAAUUAUCUCCAGAGCUUUUUAUGGGUGGCUAGCCCACUGUCGUCACCUAAAGACAGUGAGAACACACCUGUCCGGCCUCGUCCUGGGUACACUAGUGGGCACAGAUUCUGAGUAUGACUUGUCAGCGGGACUGACCGAGGAGCAGUGGAAGUUCAUUAACAAAGACAACAUGGUGUCCGACCCCGAGGAGGUUUACAGACUGGUGUACAAUGGAGGGGUGGCACACGAAAUAAGGAAAGAGGUGUGGCCUUACCUGUUGGGACAUUAUUCCUUUAGCAGCACACCAGAGGAGCGGGAAAAGGUGGACGAGGUGAUGCGUACAAUGUACGAAAGGACAAUGUCUGAAUGGUUAGCAAUUGAGGCAAUCGUUAAACAACGUGAUAAAGAGAUCAUGGCAGCUAAUCUGGCCAAAUUGUCGUCUCAUAGUUCAGACGGACAGAUUCCACUGGUACGUAAAGACUCGAGUCUAAGUAACGACGUGUUUGAAUCUCAGCAAAGUUUUGAUGAGUGGGAUGAUUUCUCACAUCCAGAGACUGUACCCGAGGAAAGCUCGGCCACAGGGACAACGUGUACACCAACCCCAGACAGGAAACAGAGUAUGGAGCUCCACCUACAACAGGCAGAGGUCAUCGAAAAGAUGACACAAACAGAAAUAUUGUUGGAGAAAAGAGACUAUGUGUGUACAUCAUUUUCUGAUAGUCCAGAUGAUGGGCUCGGAGACUCUAUAGCACGACAGAGUUCUCAGGAGAGAUCAAAGUUAGACUCGGCUGGUGACUCGGAGGGAACGGACAUCUCUCGAGCCGACCGUGAGGGCAGCAUGGAACGCCACAUCAUCGUUACCAAGAUGUCCUGCUCCAUGGAUAGUGCAGAGGCUGAUGAAGAGGACGGUGGGGCAGAGUCUGAUGAUGAGGAAGAGGAUGAUGAUGAUGAUGAAGACAACGAUGAUGAUGAAGAUGAUGACAGAGAUGGUCUCUCUAGUCAAAGGCAUUCCCUAACAGUGGAAAACACCGGAAAAGCUUUUGAUGCCGAAAAUAUGGAUAACUUGAAACGCCUGUCUACAUCUCAUGAGAGCCUAAUAUCACCAGCUUCUCCUGCUUCCAAUGGGGGGAUAUAUUCAGCGGAAUUGUUAGACAACGUGGCACUGAAUCUCCACAGAAUUGAUAAGGAUGUGCAGAGGUGUGAUCGUAACUACUGGUACUUUAACCAGGCCAACCUGGAGAAACUCAGGAAUGUCAUGUGCACGUAUGUAUGGGAACAUCUAGACGUGGGAUAUGUACAGGGAAUGUGUGACCUGGUGGCUCCCCUCCUCGUCGUCUUUGAUGACGAGGCAAUGACAUACAGUUGUUUCUGUGAGCUGAUGAAGCGGAUGUCGUCCAACUUCCCUCAUGGCGGUGCCAUGGACACCCACUUUGCCAACAUGCGUUCUCUCAUACAGAUACUUGAUUCAGAAUUAUUUGAGCACAUGCACCACCAUGGUGACUACACACACUUCUACUUUUGUUAUCGAUGGUUUUUACUGGAUUUCAAGAGAGAGUUGCUGUACGAUGACGUGUUUGCGGUGUGGGAGACAAUCUGGGUUGCCAAGUACAUCAGCUCCCCGCACUUCAUGCUGUUUAUAGCUCUGGCCCUGGUCGAGUUCUACCGCGACAUCAUUCUCGAUAACAACAUGGACUUCACUGACAUAAUCAAAUUCUUUAAUGAAAUGGCAGAGAGACACAAAGCCAAGCAAGUGCUGAAGAUAGCCAGAGAUCUGGUUCAUAAACUGCAGACUCUGAUAGACAACAAGUGAUUUUGUGCCAGUACAGCAAACUGACUCUGGGUAAACAACAAUGAUAGACAACAAGUGAUUUUGUGCCAGUGCAGCAAAUUGACUUUGGGUAUACAACAAUUGUUGCUGGUGAAAAUUCACCACACUCUGAUAAACAACAAUUUUGCUGGUGAGAAGACAAUACUCUGAUAGACAACAGUUGUUGCUGGGAGUUCAAUACUCUGAUAGACAACAGUUGUUGCUGGGAGUUCAAUACUCUGAUACACAACAAUUGUUGUUGGUGAGAAGUUAACUCUCAUAUAAACAACAACUGUUGCUGGUGAGAAGUUAACUCUCAUAUAGACAACAAUUGUUGUUGGUGAGAAGUUAACUCUCAUAUAAACAACAAUUGUUGUUGAU